AUGAAGACUAAAGUUAAUGUCAACAUCUUUAGGUGGCAAGCUUAUAGAACCAAGAAAAAGGCAGGGAGUUUAGUUAAUGAUGAACAUGAAGCCAAAUACAACAAACUUUGGAACUACUGUAAGGAAGUAAAGAGGGCUAAUCCUGACUCAAAUGUUUUCAUGACCACUGUUGAAGAUGAUGAUGGAAAUGAUAGACCUAUUAUCGGGUUAGAUGGCUGCCAUCUUAGAGAGUUCCACAAGGGUGUAUUACUUGCAGCCGUAGGAAUUGACCCCAAUGAUCAGUUGUACCCUAUUGCCUAUGUUGUGGUGGAAAUAGAAAACAAGCUGACUUGGAAAUGGUUCAUAGGUGAAUUGGUGAAUGACCUCCAAAUCAGAGAUGAAAAUCAUUGGACAUUUAUUACUGAUAAACAAAAGGUGUAUAAGUCUAUUGAAGAGUUGCUUCCAGAUGUGAAGCAUAGGAUGUAUAUGAGACACAUGUACAAUAACUUUAAAAAGCUGCAUGGUGGUUUGGUAUUAAAGAAGAAAAUUUGGGCACUUGCAAGAGCUUCUUACAAAAAUCUGUUCAAGGCUUUGAUGGAAGCUUUGACAGCAGUUGAUGAGGGUGCAUUUCAAUGGUUGCUUGACAAUACAACACUGCAGCAAUGGACUAGAGCUUACUUCAGAACCUCCACUAAAUGUGACAUUUUAUUGAACAGCCUAUGUGAGAGUUUCAACUCCAGCAUUUUAGGAGCAAGGGAGAGGCCUAAACUAGGUAUGCUAGAAACAAUACGACUUUAUUUAAUGGUUAGAAUGAAGAAUAAGAUGGAGUGGAUGAAAAAGUAUAUAGGAAAGUUAUGUCCUAAAAUUUUAAAGAAGCUGGAAAAAGUAAAAAAUGCUUCUAGUGCUUGCAUAGCUACACCUUCAGGGGACUGGAAGUAUGAGGUGAGGUGUAUGUAUGGGGAUAGGUACACUGUGAAUUUGGCCAGUAGAACUUAUAGUUGUAGAAGAUGGGAACUAAAUGACAUUCCUUGUGCUCAUGCAAUGAGUGCUAUUGUUUUGACAAAGGAGCCUCCGGAGAACUUUGUUAAUGAAUGCUACUCAAAAGAGGCCUACAUGAGGGCAUAUGGGCCUAUAAUACAUCCUUUCAAUGCUACAAGUAGCUCUCAACCACAGCAGCAGACUCCUAAUACCAUAAAUCCUGGUGCAAACAAACAGUCCCAAACUAAUUACCAGCCUCAAAAUGCUACUCCUGUUGCAAACAAACAGUCCAAUUUCACACUUGAAGUAGUCUUUGGUGCAAGUGGCUUGGAGACUGGUAAGAAAGUCAAGUACAGAUGUGGUGUAUGUCGGAGAUUUGGACACACUCGAAAUAGUUGUGAUUCAAUAUUGGCCUCUCUCUAUAAGAGACACCUAUGGGAACCACCUGGACUGGCUAGGCCUAAGAAGACUACAAAGAUAUCUACUUCUAAAAGUGCUGCAAGGAGGGAUGACAAGCUGACUUAG